AUGAAUAAACAAGCCAUCUACACUUCAUUGGAAGAAUUGGCUUUAAUAAGUGUUAGUAAGAAAAAACCAAAAGAGCAGAUUUUGGAAAAACAUGUUGCGCAAAAUAAGAAUACCAGCGAAGAAACGCCCGUUAAUGUGAGACCUUUGGUAGAAGAUAUAAAGAAUUUGCCCAAAACUGGCUGUGACAAAUCUCUAAGUAGUUCUCGACGUGGUUCGCAGACUAGUCUACAGUCUCGCAGAUUGUCUAAUGCAUCACUUACUGAGAAGUUAGAACUUGCAGCGGCGGCCGAUUUAGAAAAACAUGCAACAACUGUAGAAGAAUUAAACACUGAUGUAAAUUUAAAUAAAACUAUAUUAAGCACAGAUAAUUAUGAUACAGAUUCCUUGUGUACAUCCAUAAGUAAAAGUCCUAGUGUGGCUCCAGUUACCGUCCAAAUGCGGGGCUCUUCAGAGGAUGAAAGCAUAGAGAAAUUAUUUAGUCAAUUUUCCGAUGAAAUGCUAGUGAAUGUAGAAUUUGACUCGAAUGAUGAGUUAAUAGCUAUAACACCACGAUCACCAAUUAAUAAAGAGGAGGAACAUUUAGAUGAAGAUAUAUUAGACAGAGUACAAUCCUUGGAAAGAGAUGCUGAUAAAGAAUCAUCAUUAGAAAUUGAUGUCAAUUCCAUUGUCACUAAGAUUCCUAUGAAUACUACUGCGAAUGAAUUUAAUUUUCCGACUAAACCACAACGCAGACAAAAAAGUCUUUCAUCGUCUAGUGAUUCUCCUGCUCCCUUAGCUCCACAAAGAAUAAAAAAGAAAUUAUCAAGAUUAUCACCAACUAAUAUGCCACCAUCCGUGCAAGAUUUAAUGAUGGUUGUUGCCAGAAACGAUUUGGAAGCCAGUUUCGAGAAAGAUAACUCUAAAAAUACUACGAAACCAUUAAAGUUUCCAAGAAUUAUAGAUGAAGAUGAUGUUUUAUUCGAUGAAUCUCAAACUCCAUACAAAUAUUUUAUACAAGACCAACCAGAAAUAUCAAAAAAUAUUGCGAAAUCCUCUGAAAUUGCUUCCCAAAAACCUUUAGUUGUAGUUACAAAAUCAUUAGACGAUGGCUUUCAAAGUAAUUUGCCCGAAAAUGUUACAGAGUUUACAAAGGUUCUGAAACCCAUUGCUCAAAACAAGGAUACUGAUUCCUUGGAAGAUGAUAAACAGAAUACUUCUGAUAGCAGCACUAAAUCCAAAGAAUCACAAACAAAUUCUACAACGCCGACUGCUUCUACUAACAACCCCAUGGAGUCACAUUUAACAGUAGAAGAACAUUUGCAACCGAAACCCAAUUUAAGGGAGCCUUCAUUAGAAUGGAAUAUGGAAAUGAUACCAAGCAGUCCAAUGCCACCAAGACGUAAAGGACCCGCAAGUGCUAAAACUAACUUAUCGAAGCCUGAGUCAAUAGAGAGUUUAAACAAAUUAAAGAAAAUGGAAUCAAACGCCAUCACUGAAUUAAAUACCACAUCCAGUGACGAAAAAUUCAAGGAAAGUGUAAGAUCACCGGAAGAAAAUGCAUCACAAAUCAAAAAAACAAUUUUACAAAGUGAAACACAAGAGCAAAAUCUUUCGAGAAACUCAGUUAAAGGGAAAGAAGUCCCAUCACCUAAGACUGCAGAU